GCGAACCCUUGCCACAGGUUCCAAAGUCUAAACUUGCUGUAAUUCCAACUUCAUUUGGUUCUUUGCCGCAUAGCUAUUCAUAUCCCACUGUCGAUACUAAUAUUUAUACAAAACUAUAAUUAUUAUGGAGAAGCUCACCGAUGACCUGGUCAAGUACAAGGACUAUGUUUUUGCGAAGGAUUUGGUCAACGCGGAGCACAUUGACUCCCUGCAGACCUUUGAGAUCCGGGACAGUGACAUCUUUCUGGUCACUUACCCUAAAUCAGGAACAAUCUGGGCACAGCAGAUCAUCACUUCUAUCUGCGAGUCAGAGAUGGGUGAUAUCUAUCCCAACAACAUGGAGAUGAUGCCAUGGCUGGAGUAUAUUGACAAACGCGCUGACUAUUCCUUACGCCCUAACCCGCGGCUAUUCGCCUCCCACCUCACCCCUGUACUCAUGCCCCCAGGCCUUAGGGACAAGAAGGCAAAGAUGAUCUAUGUGAUGCGGAACCCAAAGGACAACGUGACUUCCUACUAUCACUGGUGUGUUAACUGGGCCAUGUUUUUGACCCCAAAGUGCUUCGAGGACUUUCUGGACCAGUGGUUAGCAGGGAAUGUUGGUGCUUCGUCCUGGUUUGACCACAUCAGAGAGUGGCACAGUAAGAGAGACCAGUACAACAUCAUGUUUCUGACCUAUGAGGACAUGAUCAUGGAUCUCAAGACAGCCGUGACGAAGAUCUGCCGUUUCCUGGAGAGGGACCUGACUGAAGCAGACAUCAACAAGAUCGUGGAAAAAGCCACGUUCAAAAACAUGAAAAACGACCGCAAGGCCAACUAUGAGUUCAUAUCAGAAGACAUUCUCAAAAAGGGGCAGUUCCUGCGCAAAGGUAAAAUCGGGGAGUGGAAGAACAUGUUCACAGUGGCCCAGAGUGAGAGGUUUGACCAGGUCUAUAAGGAACGGAUGAAAGACAUGACUCUGAAGUUCAUCUGGGACAUGGCUCAACAAUCAGAGUGAUGAGAGCCUCAGCUCCCUGGCUUCCUCUACCUCCUCACGUUCAGGCGUUCCAACAGAUGAUUCCAGACUUGGAAGGAUGGCAAUGCAAGUCUACAGUGAUAGAAGGGCGGAGCCUGCAGCUCUGCCGCCACAAACCUCCCAGUGGACAAUCUGCUAACGACAUUCAUGUCAAUUAUCUGUUGAAUGUACCAAAACUUGACAAUUCCUAAACCAUAAUUUUUUUGUUGUAUUGAUGAGGAAUUAAAUGAAAUAAUACUGUCA